AUGCAUGGGGGACACUAUUCAUCGGCUGAUGUUAUUGUACCUAGCGUGUCAAAAAACCGACCAAUCGUGUCGGGAGCUGUCACUAUACCAGAGGCCUCAGUUCUUCUGAUCAUGCUCGUUGCUGCCAUCUUUUACAUUCUGUUACUCAGUCUUGUUGGACUCCCAGCAUGUGGUGGGACUUAUCCACUAAUGAAGCGCUGGAUGUAUUGGCCAUCUUUGUACCUUGGUUUUGCUGCUAGCUGGGCCGUCCCAUUCAUGUGGGUGGCAAUUACGGGUGAGUUUGAUUGGGGCAUGAUCCUGAAUGUCGGAGUCGCGUCAUGCUGCUGGACGUGUCUUUAUGACACUAUCUACGCGUGUCAGGACAAGAAAGACAACGAAAAGGCUGGAGUCAAGUUCAUGGCAGUCCGUCUGGGCGAUGGCAUUUGUCCUGCAUUGAGUGUAUUUGAUGUGAUGUUCUUUGUGUGUCUUCUAUGGGCUGGGUAUCUGAAUGGCCAGCACCUACUGUUCUACAUGAUAGGUGUCAUUGCGCCCUUUCUCCUCUGUCUCUGGCACAUAUGGUCAUUUGAUCAUAAUGAUCCAUGAGACAGCUAGAAGAAAUUUACGGCAGGUCGCCACGGCGCAGCGUUGGUGUGUGUGGGAUUGGUCGUGGAUCAUUACUGUAAUCUUGUGUCCCUGGCCAUUUGAGCACGUACUUUUAUCUCAGGCUGGAUUCAAGGUGACACCUUCAACCAUCUUGUUAAUGUACUUACCAUGACCUUGCACUUGCCUGUUUUUAUCCUAGAGUAUCGCUUUUGUUGUCACCUACAAACUAAUAGAUGAGUGACGCAGACAUUGACCUACUUACUACAAUCUUUCGCUUUUGUGUUUUUAUCCUGGAGUGCUGUUGAUGUUUUUUGAUAUACAAACUAAUAGACUAAUGAUGAUGGAGACAUCGCAAAUUAGUAUGAUGAUCACACAGAAGGCAGGCUUGUAUCGAGACUACUCACACUUCCUGUACUAUGACUGCAGAAAGACCCUUGCG